AUGAACUUGGUCGCGAUGAACGUUAAGGAUGAAGUCUAUGAGGACCCUGAGUAUGCUGAGAUGGGAGAAUUGGAGGAGUUAUCCAAUGAGGUUGAUAAGAGUGAGGACUCGGAUGAUACAGCAGCAAGUGUGGAGGCAGAACUGAAGCAGGAAGAGGAUAUAGUCACCAUGGAGGCAGCAGCAGUGAAUGGGGACAUCAUGGUGAAGGGAUCAAAGGCGAAUGCAACUGCAAACGGACGAGUGGCUACAAAGGAGGAACACGUUGAGGGGUACGAGACCCGAGAGAAGUUGGGUGUUGAGAUGCCGAGGAGAAGCGAGAGGCUCAAGAAAAUGUUUCAUGGAUUGGAUGUCAAGGCGCUCAACUUCAAGACACGUAAGGAGAGGUUCAAGGUGCAGGAGCUGGAGGGGAGCGUGAAGCCGACUUAG